CUCUUCUACAAUGUACGUCCGGUCCCUAUAAAUACUAGCUGCCCCAAACCCAAACUACAUAUGUCCCACAACAACACUCACAAUGAUAUCUCUUCUACAUAUAGAUAUUCAAGAAAAACAAAAGAAGAUCAUACCGUUAUAACUCCAUUGUACUAAUUAUAAUCAAUUAGUGUGCAUGAUCGAUCUAAUUGAUUAAUUAACAGUUUGCAUCAUAUCCUAGAGAUUGAGAUACAAUGGAGAAAGAUGGUUGUAGUAAGGAUAUUGAAGGCUGUAAGGACGGAUUGGAGGUUCCAUUCCUUCAUGACUAUUCAUCAAAGAUGGAUGAGAACAAUAAAGGGUCUGUCUCCAUGGUGGUUCUCAGCACUUGUGUUGCUGUUUGCGGCUCUUUUGAAUUUGGUUCUUGUGUUGGUUACUCAGCACCCACUCAAUCUGCCAUUAGGACAGAGUUGGAUUUAUCAAUCGCACAGUUUUCCAUGUUUGGCUCUAUUAUAACCAUUGGAGCAAUGAUUGGUGCCGUUGCAAGUGGAAGAAUUUCAGACUUGGUUGGUAGAAAAUGGGCAAUGAGACUGUCGGCAGUGAUAUGCAUUUAUGGGUGGCUUGCCAUUUAUUACUCCAUGAUCAUGGCAAUCUAAAUGUUGAUAAAUAAAACACUACUUUUGGUGGUAACUAAAGGGAUCAUGGUCACUUGAUGCCGGUAGGUUCUCCACAGGAUUCGGCAUAGGAAUAUUCUCUUAUGUGGUUCCUGUAUUUAUAGCUGAAAUUGCUCCCAAGAAUCUUCGUGGUGGGCUUACGACGAUUAAUCAGCUUAUGAUUGUUUGUGGCUCAUCAGUUUCAUAUCUACUGGGGGCUGUUAUGACCUGGAGAUAUUUAGCACUCAUUGGAAUUAUUCCAUGCAUGUUCUUGCUUGUUGGUUUGUUCUUUAUCCCAGAGUCACCUAGAUGGCUGGCAAAAGUUGGCCGUGAGAAAGACUUUGAUGCUGCGCUGCAAAAACUUCGGGGGGCAGAUGCAGAUGUCACUAAAGAAGCUGCAGAAAUCCAAGCAUAUGUUAAGAGUCUCCAAAGUCUGCCCAAAGCCAGAAUCCUCGACUUGUUUGGCACCAAAUACAUUCGUUCUUUAUUUAUCGGUGUGGGAUUAAUGGUCUUCCAACAAGCGAGUGGCAUAAACGGGAUCGGUUUCUAUGCUAGUGAUACAUUUUCGGCCGUUGGCCUUUCGAAUGGAAACACGGGGACUAUCGCCUAUGCUAUUGUGCAGGUCCCUAUAACUUUGGUCGGGGCAAUGUUGAUGGACAGAACAGGAAGAAGGCCACUUCUUUUGGUUUCAGCCACAGGAACAUUUAUUGGCUGCUUUCUAACAGGAGCUUCUUUCUAUCUCAAGGGUCAAAGUCUGUGGAUUAAUUUGGUUCCAGCAAUGGCUGUAUCUGGAGUGCUGAUAUAUAUAGCAGGAUUUUCAAUUGGAUUGGGAGCAGUUCCCUGGCUUAUAAUGUCUGAGAUAUUCCCCAUUCACGUAAAGGGUGCUGCUGGAAGCCUGGUUGUUCUGAUUACCUGGUUGGGUGCAUGGGUCGUCUCUUAUAGCUUCAGCUUUAUGAUGGAAUGGAGUUCCACUGGUACUUUCAUGGUUUACGCCAUGUUUUGCUUGCUGACAGUGUUGUUUGUGGCAAAAGUUGUACCAGAAACCAAGGGGAAAACCUUGGAGGAAAUCCAAGCAGCUAUAAAUUCAUAAAGUAUGUAGUAGCGUUACCAAGUAAGCAAGCAAAUUGUUUUUGGAAUUCUUCACCCGAGUCAAGAGCCUCAAUGUGCCAUUGCACUGAAGUUCUGAAGUGGAUUCAAAGAGUUGAUUCAAAGAUGUGUAGAGUGUGGAGAGGAUUGCAGUGUUUAGAUAAGAAAAAAGUUCAAAUUUGUUGACGACACAUUUCACUUUUUUCUUUAUAAUAGCUAAACUUAAAAGAUGUUGUUUUUAUUUGAACU